CCAGCACCAGCACCAACACCCUGCCGAACAGCCCAAAGACGACCCUCCGUACGGUAACAAGCACCCAUGCCGCAACCCCCCGAGACACACCCGCACCGGAAACGAAACCGCGGGGAACCCCACGAACCGGACCCGGAGGGGGGCCUCCCCCCGGUGGUCCUCCUCCGGGGGCCCACGGGGGAAGGCCCCUCCGGCGGGGGGGCCUUUGCGGUUCCCGCGGUCYACCGCGACCGGUACGGGGACACCUCCGGGGGAGGGGGGAAGGACCACCGAUCGUCUCUGCGAAGGGCCAUCGCCCGGGCCUUUGAAGAAUACCAGGCGGUCUACCUGCCCGGGUAUGCCGGGGGCGGAAGCCCGGGAACUCCCCACCCCCUGUGCUGGGAGGAGCUGGGAUCCGUCUACGAGCGCCUCGGGGACGCCGACAAGGAAUCCCUUUGCAUCGAACACCGUUUCGCGGAGGAACAGAACCAGAACAGCGGCCGAGACGGUGGGACCCCCGCCGCCGCCAGCCGUUUCCUGUGCAGCAAAGUCGACCCCAGAGCUUCCGGGUAUUGCAGCUUUACGGUCCAGAACGACACGAAGGCGCUGUCCGAGAUGCUCGAACGGCUGCCGGUAAAAGAUCCCGUUGCGGAAGCAGAACCCACCCUCCCGUCUGCUCCCGCUCCGGCCCCCGCAGGCGACAAGGGCGCGGCCGGGUGGUCCUACGAGCCGUGCUUGUGGAUYUUCUUUGGUCGGAACCGGGCCAACGCCGGGGSCAACGCCGACCUCGAGGGCCGCCCCGAACACACGGACCAGAUAUCCCACGAUGGAACGUGGCACUACCAAUUGUCGGGCACCAAGCGGUGGUGGCUCCGGCCCACGCCACAGCUCCUGCGGAGGUGGGAGAAGGAACGAAASGGCCCAAAGCGCAGGCGUGCCGGGGGCAGCAGCGAAAGCGGCGGUGCUUYCGAAGGGGAGAACGAAGGCCCCGGAGACGAAGACCGGGGCCUUCCCGAACCCCUCUCCAUCGAUUGCCGAGAGGGGGACGUGCUGGUCGUCAACACCCGCCUGUGGAAGCACCGAACGGUGCUGCCGACCCAGCCGGGCCCGAGCGUCUCCUACGCGAGGGAUUUCUGGACAAGGGAGCGGGAGGCGCCCGGGGCGUCCAAGGGAGGCACCGGUGCCAUGACCAACGUGGACGGCCUCUACGCGGCGGACGACAUCGAGGAAAACACGGUCGUCUUUACGGAGGAAACCAUGCCCGGCUGCGAGCUGCAYCGGGCCGGCACGCGGGAGGCCGCGAACUGCUUCGUCGCCGAGCUCGAGGACGGGACGCAGGCCGUGGUCUCGUCGCGGUUCAUCGCGGCGGGCGAAUUCUUUUGCGUCCCCGAGAGCGACGACAGCGACGGAAGCUGGGGGGACCACGACGAAAGCGAAGACGACGAGUCCGGAGAGGAACAAUGCAUCGUGGUUCCUUGACCCAUUGCUAAUGCUAGAACC